AUGUAUGCUCAACGUCCUCUCGCCUAUGCGCCUAUGCCCUACAGCUAUACUCCCAAUCCAUCGUUGACAGCUUCCAUCAAUCUCGAUGAGGAAGUCAAACUAGCUACCAGCUCGGCGGAGCGAGAUCUCUACGAAUCGUUGGCGGAGAUUUACAGCAUUAUCGUGACCUUGGAUGGCUUGGAAAAGGCUUACAUCAAGGAUGCGGUCACUGAGACGGAGUAUACUGAGACAUGUACCCGGUUAUUGAAGCAGUACAAGUCCAGCCUCGGUGAUGAUGCUGUCGCAAGGGAGUUUGUAGACCUCGAGACUUUCAAGCGCAUGUGGGAGUUAGAAUGCCCGCGUGCCACUGAACGCCUCCGAAUCGGUCUCCCCGCGACAGUCGAGCAAGCCACCCACACUGCCCCUACGGCGCCCAUGGGCGCUGCUAUGGCUGGUCCUGCAGGCGGCGCAUCCGGCAGCCUGAUCUUGACGGCGACAGAGAACUUCAUCACCUUCCUAGACGCCUUGAAGCUGAACAUGGUCUCGAAAGACGCACUCCACCCGCUGCUCUCCGAAGUCAUCCAAUCAGUGAACAAAGUGACGGACGCAGACUUUGAGAAUCGGGGCAAGAUAAUUCAGUGGCUGAUCACGCUGAACCAGAUGCGGGCGACAGAGGAACUCAGUGAGGAACAGGCGCGGGAAUUGUCGUUUGACAUUGAAUCGGCAUAUCAAGGCUUCAAGGCAACGUUGGGCUAA